AUGGAGGAAACCAGCGAACCUAUCAAGCGUGAUGUGCGCAACCACAUGCUCUUCGAGGUGGCCACUGAAGUGGCCAACCGAGUAGGUGGGAUCUACUCGGUCCUCAAGUCCAAAGCACCCGUGACCACCGCCGAAUAUGGUGAACGGUACACUCUGAUCGGACCACUCAACAGGGCUUCAGCUGCAGUGGAGGUUGAGGAGCUAUCGCCGUCCAACCCAGCCAUGCGGGAGACGAUCCAGUCUAUGAAGGAGCGCGGGAUUGACAUGGUCUACGGUCGCUGGCUCAUUGAGGGUGCCCCUCGAGUUUUACUCAUUGACACGGGGACUGGCUAUCGGUGGUUGGAUGAGUGGAAGGGCGAUCUUUGGACUACUUCGGCCAUCCCAUCCCCCGCUGGUGAUAAUGAGACCAACGAGGCCAUCGUUUUUGGAUACUUGGUUGCUUGGUUCUUGGGAGAGUACAUUGCUCACGACCGUCGCCGCGCGGUCAUCGCCCAUUUCCAUGAGUGGUUGGCUGGUGUCGCUCUGCCAUUGACCAAGAAGCGACACAUGGACCUCACAACCGUCUUCACCACCCACGCGACAUUAUUGGGUCGUUACCUCUGUGCUGGCUCGGUUGACUUCUAUAACAACCUCCAGUACUUUGACGUGGAUGCGGAGGCCGGGAAGCGAGGAAUCUACCACCGCUACUGUAUUGAGCGGGCAGCUGCUCAUUCCUGUGAUGUCUUUACCACUGUAUCGCACAUCACUGCGUUUGAGAGCGAGCACCUGCUGAAGCGCAAACCCGAUGGGGUGCUGCCAAAUGGUCUGAAUGUCAAGAAGUUCUCUGCUAUGCACGAGUUCCAGAACUUGCACUCCCAGGCCAAGGAGAAGAUCAAUGAUUUCGUUCGUGGCCAUUUCUACGGCCACAACGACUUUGACCUGGAUAAUACUCUAUAUCUCUUUACCGCGGGUCGUUACGAAUACCGCAAUAAGGGUGUCGAUAUGUUCAUUGAGGGGCUGGCCCGCCUCAAUCAUCGUCUGAAGUCUGCUGGGUCGACCAUGACCGUGGUCGCUUUUAUAAUUAUGCCAGCCCAAACCUCUUCGUUGACGGUGGAAUCGCUCAAGGGACAGGCCGUUGUCAAGUCUCUGCGCGAUACCAUCGAGAAUAUCGAGAAGGGAAUCGGCAAGCGCAUGUAUGAGCGCUGUCUUUCCUGGAAGGAAGGUGACAACAUGCCCGAUGAGAAAGAUCUCAUCACCAGUCAAGAUCGUGUGAUGCUUCGCCGUCGCCUGUUCGGCAUGAAGCGCCACGGUCUUCCUCCAAUUGUCACCCACAACAUGCACAAUGACCACGAGGACCCCAUCCUGAACCAGUUGCGUCGUGUGCAGCUGUCAUCUUUCACCCGGAAUUUCCUCAACUCCGCCAACCCUGUAUUGCCGCUUGACUACGACGACUUCGUUCGUGGAACCCAUCUGGGUGUCUUCCCCUCCUACUAUGAGCCAUGGGGAUAUACGCCAGCCGAGUGUACAGUGAUGGGUGUGCCUAGCAUCACUACCAACCUGUCUGGAUUCGGUUGCUAUAUGGAGGAAUUGAUUGAAAACUCCUCGGAUUAUGGAAUAUACAUCGUGGACCGUCGCGCCAAGGGCGUUGACGACUCGGUCAACCAACUGGCCGACUUUAUGUUCCACUUCACAGAGAAGAGUCGUCGCCAGCGCAUUAACCAACGUAACCGUACGGAGCGCCUGAGCGAUCUGCUUGACUGGAAAAGAAUGGGCUUGGAAUAUGUCAAGGCUCGGCAGCUGGCAUUGAGAAGAGCUUACCCAUCCUCCUUCGAGGGUCAAGAGGACUACUUCGAUAUCAUUGGAGGAACGGAGCAGAAGCUCUCCCGCCCGCUUUCCGUUCCUGGAUCCCCGCGGGAUCGCUCCGGAAUGAUGACACCCGGUGACUUUGCCUCUCUGCAGGAAGGCCACGAGGGAUUGAGCACCGAGGAUUAUAUCGCCUGGAAACUGCCUGAAGAGGAAGAACCUGAGGAGCACUUCCCCCUCACACUGCGAACUCGCAGGAUGACUGAACGGGCUGCAUCCCCACUGGACAGUAUAUCGAUCAAUGGCCGUGAAGAGUCCGAAGUAGGAGCUCGGACUGCAUAG